AUGAAUCUAGCCAGUGCGCUCACCGGAGGCUUCGCGACAGAUAUCAAAGUGACGCAGGAUACCAUCAAUUUGGGCAAUCAGCUGAUGUUUAUGGGCAUCGUCGUCCUGGAAAUACCUUGUAACAUGGCUCUUCAACGAUUGGGUCCUCGCAAAUGGAUAUCCGGACAGGUCUUCGUCUUUGGUCUUGUCGCGACAUUGCAGCUCUUGCUCAAGAAUCGUACAGGCUUCCUCGUGUCUCGACUCGUCUUGGGCCUCGCGGAGGCUGGUUACAUUCCUGGAGCCAUCUACACCUUGUCCACUUGGUACACCAAAAGGGAGCUGGCAAAGCGAGUGGCAGUUCUCUUUUUCGGUAUGUUUGGUGGGAAUGCUCUCAGUCCGUUACUAGCCUCCGGCAUUCUGAAGCUCGACGGUUCGCGUGGCCUUCGGGGAUGGCAGUGGCUAUUUCUUCUUGAAGGAUUGUUCACUAUUUGUGUUUCGUUUCUAUUGCUCCUGUUCUUGCCUGGAAGCCCUGAUAUUCCGAAGCCUCUCAUCGGAAGAGGCUUGGUCAAGUUUUCUACCGACGAUAAAAAGGUCUUGCAAAGCCGACUAGAAACAGACGAUCUUGGAAAGCGCCCAGGAGUUCAAGGUCUUCCCAUUGACUGGAAAUUAGUUUGGAGUACCGUGUCUCAUUAUCGUCGGUGGCCACACUAUGUCUCAACAUUCGCUGUCUUCUCUACAUGGUCCCCUCUUACAACCUAUACGCCUUCAAUUAUCAUGUCUCUUGGGUUCGAACGUAUUACGGCCAACGCACUAGCCUCAGUCGGUGCAUUCAUCGCACUGCUUGUGGUUUUCACAUUUGCAUACAUCAGUGACCGCACUGGUUAUAGAGGCGGAUCCGUCAUUCUCGCUCACGUCUGUUAUCUCAUAGUCCUCAUUACAGCCCGCCAGGCCCAUCCUCAUGUAGGCAAAUGGUCUCGGUGGGGACUUUGGACAGCAGUUAACAGCUUUGCUGUGGGAUACCAUCCAGUUCACAACACCUGGGUGCAGUUGAAUUGUGUUGAUGCAGGAGAGAGAAGCAUAGCAAUCGCAAUGUGGGUUAUGUCUGCCAUCAGUGGUCUGAUGGUAGGGACUCAGUAUUUCAGAGCCAACGAUACACCAUUUUAUCAAACGGGACUUCGAACCAUGAUAAUCAUGGUAUCUGUGGGAAUGGCCUUCGCCAUCAUUCAGGUCCUGGUCUACAGCAUACACAAUAAACGUGUAGCCAAGAAAGGGGUCCAAGAACAAGGACGGCCCGUGCAGCUCUAUACGAUAUGA